AUGUCCCCUACCAGCAAACUUUUCCAUGAGCUCAGUCUCUCGCUUCUAUACCGAGACGUGGACAUCGGGCUUCAUCACUACAAAAUGCCACUCGAAACCUCGGCAGAAGUGUACCAAGUACAUCAUUUCACCCAAUUCGUGUAUCACUGGGCCUACUGGCGGCCUGAAGACAUAGCGAGAAAGCACAGUCGAUUUAUUAGACAACUGAUUAGAACGCCGGAAUAUGCGAGACAUGUGCGGAGACUCACGUGGACGUUGGACAUAUGGCACUACGUAAGGGACAUGUGCUCAGACGACCAGGUGCUUCACGCUCAGCACUCUUUCCACAUGUUUGGAGCUAUGGAGAACGUUACGAAUGUGGACAUCGAUGGCGGGAGUAUGAAUCGUCCGUCAACCGUGCCCAAACCCACUCCAUCCGAAGCCAGAACCGAAAAAAACACACCAUGCUGUAUCUACGGUCUUCUCGAUUCGUCAGAUUUGCAGGCAAGAUGUACGAAUCUUGAUCACUUAUUUUUGAAGAAGCAGGGACAGGAGCAUGUGCAGCAGGAAAGACCCUCGGAGCUCACGCUGGAUGAGAAGGUGUACGAAGAAUGGGCAGCUUUUGUAGUGGCCGUGCAACCCCGGCAUUUGAGACUCGAACAUGGGCGUUCGACGCUAUCUCCUUGGAAUAGAGUGCGGCCAAAGUGGUAUGGGAGUCCAUGGGGGCAGGUCCUGAGCAUUAUCAGGCAGAAGAUUAUGCCCAUGGACGAGCGUUUUCGCCAUUUUCUAGGCCCGACGUUGAGUGUGGGGUGGACGAGGCUGAAAACUCUUGAACUUGGGGGAGUUUUUGAGGAGGUUACGACGCUGGGGGGGGAGAGAGGCCAGACGUGAGAGUGUGGUGUGAUGAGAGAGUAGAGUGGUGCUGGAAUGGCAACGCCUCGCCUUCCAUCAAAACGGAUCAGUACAUCAGAGACAUUUCUACGGUCGUGGAUAUCGGCGAUGUAGUAGACCUGGUAGAAUUGGACCUUGAACCCCAUGUCUGUCUGGAUGCCAUCCCACCACUGCCUGAGUUUAUGGAUCCUCUCGACCGGGUAGAACAUUUCAGGUACGUAAAUUCCGCAGUAUGUUGCAAAGUCUGUAAUGCUACUUAAGUGGUAUUUCAAAAACUGCUACAGACUGAAGUGGUAGUAGUGCUAGACCCUUUUACUUUAAAGAACUGUGCUAACUUUGUACCCCUAACUUUAGGCAAGCGGAGUCCGAGGCUGUAUUCGAAUGGGAGGAGGGAAUAAUUGAGGAAG